CGCUUGGGAGCGACGGUUGCAAAAUGUUACUAAUUAUUUCUUGAUGAGCCUGGCGAUCACGGAUCUUAUGGUCGCCAUCCUGGUGAUGCCGCUGGGGAUCCUAACACUUGUUCGAGGAUACUUCCCGCUGCCGUCGGUUUAUUGCCUCGCCUGGAUUUGCCUCGACGUGCUAUUUUGCACCGCCAGCAUAAUGCACUUGUGCACCAUAAGCGUGGAUCGCUAUCUGAGCCUGCGCUACCCGAUGAAGUUCGGGCGCAAUAAGACGAAGAAGAGGGUGACGCUGAAGAUCACCUUCGUAUGGAUCCUGAGCAUCGCCAUCAGCCUACCCCUGAGCUUAAUGUACUCGAAGGAAGAUGAUUCGGUGCUGGUGGACGGUGCCUGCCAGAUUCCCGAUCCCCUCUACAAGUUAAUCGGUAGCAUAAUCUGCUUCUAUAUCCCGCUAGGAGUAAUGUUACUAACGUACGCGUUGACAGUAAGAUUAUUGGCGGAACAACAGCAAAACAUCGGUGGGACCGGAGCAGGUUGGUCAUCAGGGUGGUUAGGCGCCCCUCAGGGCGCCCCUCCGGGUGCAUCCUCCACAGGUUAGUGUACUAUGCA